UCUUGUCGUAUUCCUUUCACGGUGUCUUUUUUACACGUCACUUUCCUUCCACACAAACUAAUGGGAGAAGAGGACUCUCUUUUACCAUGGAACGCAGCCGCCACGAAUCUCCGAUGAACAACCCCUCCCGAUCCACCCCCGCCAUGGAAUUAACAGGACCUUCCCGUUUCAGCCACCCUAAAUCGCCAUCUACAGACAGAUUCCUCGGUGUCUACCCCCACGCGCCUGCAUCUGACCACCCUUCAUCCUCUUCCGCCGUCGGGGAAGAGCUCAACGAAGAUGACAUCUUCUUCUCCGAAAACUCCGAUGGUUACAAUUCCUCCGGCGGCCUCCAUAAUUCUCUCCAGAGAACAUCUCUGUCCUCCCCCCUUAACCAUAAAUCAUUUCCUCUAUCCGAGAACUUUGGAAUCCUGGCCGCCGUACGGGAUUCGUCCCGCCCGAGCUCCCACUUCUUUAAAAAGCCCUCGAUUUCGUCUUCACCGUCGUCUUCCUCCUCUGCCACUUCAGCAACUUCAUCCACUUAUCGUUUAAUCCCUUCAGUUCCGAAACCGCCACAAGAGCGAGUCCCGAUCGGCGCGACUUCUUUAGGGAUUUAUCAUCAAUCGGCGCCGGUUAACGUGCCUAUUCUGGCGAAAACGACGAGAACAAACAGGGAGUUGGAAGAUGAUUUAGAGUUGGACGUGGAGGAAGAAGGGGAAAUGUUGCCGCCGCAUGAGAUUGUAGCCAGGAGCUUGGCGCAGUCCCCUAUGUUGGCUUGUUCGGUGCUCGAAGGCGUGGGAAGAACCCUAAAAGGAAGGGAUCUUAGGAAAGUAAGGAAUGCUAUUUGGAGACAAACUGGGUUUCUUGAUUAAUUGUGGAAGGUAUUUGAUUUUGAUUUCCUUAUUCUGUUUCUGUUUUAGUGUUCUGAUUAUUGACUGUUGAAU